AUGGAUAACGGGCAAUACUAUUGCGUUCUAACACGAUUCUCUAGGCAACCAACGAAAGCUGAGAUCGGACCACCACUACGUCUUGUCGUAAACGGUUGAGAGUGCAAGGCUGACGGUGUUCCACCUCCUGAAAUCACCUGGACAAAAGUGAGACUACUAUUUAUAAAGAAUAGAAAGUCACGUAAAGAAUUGUUAUUGCGACUAUCCCAGGAUGACACUAUACUCAGCACCGGGCCAUUACUACUUAUCGACAAGUUGGAAAAACAGCACGUGGGAAUCUAUACAUGCGAAGCCGUUAAUGUUGAAGGACGUGCAUCAUCGCAAUUUGAGCUUAAAAUCUCAACACUGUUGAGUGCAGAAGUGCCCACGUUCGAUUUUUUUCCCACAAAUAAAACGGUCGUCGAGGGGUCGAAAGUAUUCUGGCGAUGUCAUGCCGACGCACAACCAAACGAUGUACAGUACACGUGGAUGUUCCGUGAUCGACCAAUCAAAACAACAGAAACUGGCCUCAAGAUCAACAUCAAGGAAGGUGACUUGUCAAUCACUGAUGUCAAUAAACACGACAGUGGCUGGUACGUUUGUUGGGCUACGAGUCCUUCUGGGACACCAGCUCGAGCAUCCGCCUUUCUUGACGUGCUUUAUGCACCAAAAGCUCUUCCAUCACACAAGCAACUGCUGACAAUCGGCAUCGGUCAGAACAGCACGCUCAUCUGUGCUGUCGAUGCAAAUCCGAAGCCGAAUCUCUACUCGUGGUCGAAAAACGGUCAUUUUAUUACGACAUCACGAGAGAAUCCUAACGCUGACGGAGCUCAUCCCUCAAAAGUCUGCAACCAUUUUACCGAUCGCGAGAUAGGAGGCAAAGUUGAUGUGGUUCUGUAUCGAACCUGCUCACGCCAUCUCUAA